GCCGAGAGCUGUUCGAUUUGCAUACUUCGCUAGGGUUCGGGAGACUGUGGAUUACCAUCAAAGCUAUUUCAUCUACAAAAAUUACUAUCUUGAUUUCCAUAUUUGAUAUCGCAUCUCACGAGCAUCUUGGGACGUUGAUAAGCUGCGCCCAUGGCGCUAACCAAUUUUAUUCUUACGGUAGCGGCUGUAAGCGCCGCUGUCCUCCUCCUACGCAGCGACGUGAAGCAGUCGGCGGCUAUUUUCCGGCGUAACAUGCGCCACAUCAGGAACUGGAUUGAAGAGGAAUCCGCCUCCACCGGCAAGUCAGCUGAAGGAACCAUUCAGAAGGAAUUGGAUUCAAAAGUUCCAAAGAAAGAUCAUCCCAAGGAGGAAAAGAAUUAAGGCUUCAUUUGGGACAGCUUUCUUAGUAUAAAACUUUU